AUGCCACUAUCUUCCGAAGAAUACGAUAAACUCACGACGGAAGAACGCGAAAAGUAUGAUGCUGGAGAACGUCAACGUGAGCGGGAGGAACAAGCAGCCCUCCCUUAUGCAUGGUCACAACAGCUAGGAGACGUCGAUAUCGUCGUGCCUGUGCCAAAGGGUACAAGAGCGAGGGAUCUGGCUAUCACAAUCGCGAAGAAGAAGCUCAGCGUUGGACUGAAGAAUCAGGAGCCUAUUAUGGCUGGGGAAUUGUGUCAAGAUAUCAAGGUAGAAGAAAGCGCUUGGACCCUUGAGGAUCAAAAGGAGGUCCAGAUUCAUUUGGAGAAGGUGAACAAGCAGCGGUGGUGGGAAAAUGUCCUCACCCACCACCCCAAACUCGACACGACAAAGAUUACACCGGAGAACAGCAAACUAAGCGACCUGGACGGGGAAACACGGGGUAUGGUAGAAAAGAUGAUGUUCGACCAACAGCAAAGGCAAAUGGGAAAGCCGACUUCAGACGAGUUGAAGAAGAUGGAGACCCUCAAAAGAUUCCAGGCGAUGCACCCAGAGAUGGACUUUUCCAAGGCAAAGAUUUCAUAG